AAGGCUCUCUUUAGAGGCAACGUGUUAUUAACACUGUCUGACUUUACUGCUUAAUUUACUGCCUCUCUCUCCCUCUCUCUCUCUCUCUCUCGUUUCCUCACACCUUCAGUAUCCUCUCCAUUACAAGACUUUGCCGCUGAGAGAAUACAAGGCGAUGGUGCGAUGAGCCGCAGGAGGGUCUCUGUGAAGGACCUGGGGCAGGGCGACUGUCAGGGCUGGUUGUACAAAAGGAAGGAAAGCAAAGGUCUCUUGGGCUGGAGAUGGAAGAAGUUCUGGUUUGUGAUGAAAAAAUGUUCACUGUACUGGUACACAUCCGACAUGGCCGAGAAAGCCGAAGGCUACAUCAACCUGAGGGACUUCACUGUAGAUCAGGCUACUGAAUGCAGGAAGAAGUUUGUGAUAAAAGCGAGCCACCCCAACAUGGUGACACUCUACAUGGCAGCUGAGAAUCUGAAAGACAUGAACAAAUGGCUGACUAAACUCAAACAGGCUUCAAAUGAACCCGAGCCCACAGACUCAACCAAUGGAGAGUGCUACAGUGAGGAGAGUGAUGAUGAUGAUGAUGAAGCAGACACAACUGAUAUGUGUGCAGAGUACAUGGAUCAGCUGACCCCUUGCUCUCUGCAUGGUUGUCUCCCGCCUCCCUGCUCAUCUUCGUCUCCGUGUCAGGACAUUUUCCCGCUGGUGUCUGGGGUGUGUAAGCGCACAGAGACUCAGAGUGCAGACAGCGAGUCUUGGCUGGAGCUCAGCUCAGAGGACAACCCCAUCCUCAGAAUACAGGAGCUCAAAGGAGAUGACUGCCCACCUUCUGAUGAGAUGGAGAUGCUGUAUCUUCACCUCAAACACGCAAGAUUAUCUCCCACAGGAGCCCUGCAGCCAAUUACCAAACGCGACUUCAGAUCCUCUUUCAUCAGACGCUGUAAAGACGAGAGCAUUAAUGACAAGCUGCACCUCAUCCGAACUCUCAACAGCACUCUAAAGGCUAAGGAGGCCAAUCUGCAGGCCAUAGAGCAAGUUUUGAGUGAACCCUCUCUGAACGUUUCCAAAUACAGACAGUGGCGAGAUGCUAAUGUGCUCUUACUCCAGGAGAUCUGUGAGAAACACAAAACCGCUGUGGAGCCACAGGUCCAGAAACCUCUGGUUCAAAAUCAACCCCAGCAUCAGUCUGUCUUUGGCUCAAAUGCUGCAUUCCCUGUCAUCUCCAUGUACACAGAGACCAGCCUGUGAACAUGAGAGGCUGAUUUCCGAGGUUUAACAUGGAGGAAAAACACUCAGAAACCAAUUGUGCCUUGUGUGAAGAUGAACAAAGAACCGAAUAACAUUGACAGGACAGGAGCAUGAAAUGUCAAGAGCUGGUUUCCUUGAUACAUGAAGCUCGACUGCCUCAAACACUCCACACAGAUAAUUUUACACUGAUAUAUAUAUAUAUAUAUAUAUAAAACUACUGAACUUUUUUUUUUUUCUUCAGAUGUGUGCUUUUUCUGUGAGUUUGUAGAUAUGCUGUAAUGCCUUAACUAGUUCAGCUGUUGGAAAUUAAAUUGUGCAUUUUUGAAGGUAUUUUGGAGAUUUAGUUUGAUCUAUGAAUUUGAUCACUGUGGAUUGAGAUUGGAACAAUAUAGUUUAUAGUUUGACUUAAAAGUAGUCUAAAUGUUAAUUUCACCAAAUUGUGGAUUUUAGACAGGACAAACACUAUGUUUACACACAUCUUGUUCAGCUUUAGCAUUACCCAAUCACACCAUUCUGCACACACACAAACACACACAUCUAUGGUCAAUUCUUCCUUCCAUUCUAAAGCUUGUUAAUAUUUGAUCUUUUUAGGAGUGUAAAAGCCUUCUGUUUAUAUAUUGUAUUGUAUAUAUUGUUUAUAACAUGACGGUUCACUUUAGAUGUACAUAUUUAAGCAUAUUUCUAUGGUAUAAGUAUACAGGUGCUGGUCAUAUAAUUAGAAUAUCAUCAAAAAGUUGAUUUAUUUCACUAAUUCCAUUCAAAAAGUGAAACUUGUAUAUUAUAUUCAUUCAUUACACACAGACUGAUAUAUUUCAAAUGUUUAUUUCUUCUAAUUUUGAUGAUUAUAACUGACAACUAAGGAAAAUCCCAAAUUCAGUAUCUCAGAAAAUUAGAAUAUUGUGAAAAGGUUCAAUAUUGAAGACACCUGGUGCCACACUCUAAUCAGCUAAUUAACUCAAAACACCUGCAAAGGCCUUUAAAUGGUCUCUCAGUCUAGCUCUGUACGCUACACAAUCAUGGGGAAGACUGCUGACUUGUCAAUGGUUGUCUUUUGGACAACUGUCACGUUGCACAAGGAGGGCAAGACGCAAAAGGUCAUUGCAAAAGAGGCUGGCUGUUCACAGAGCUCUGUGUCCAAGCACAUUAAUAGAGAGGCGAAGGGAAGGAAAAGAUGUGGUAGAAAAAAGUGUACAAGCAAUAGGGAUAACCGCACCCUGGAGAGGACUGUGAAACAAAACCCAUUCAAAAAUGUGGGGGAGAACCACUACGCACAGACGUAUGCAAGACAUGGGUUUCAGCUGUCGCAUUCCUUGUGUCAAGCCACUCUUGAACAACAGACAGCGUCUGAAGCGUCUCGCCUGGGCUAAAGACAAAAAGGACUGGACUGCUGCUGAGUGGUCCAAAGUUAUGUUCUCUGAUGAAAGUAAAUUUUGCAUUUCCUUUGGAAAUCAGGGUCCCAGAGUCUGGAGGAAGAGAGGAGAGGCACACAAUCCACGUUGCUUGAGGUCCAGUGUAAAGUUUCCACAGUCAAGUGAUGGUUUGGGGUGCCAUGUCAUCUGCUGGUGUUGGUCCACUGUGUUUUCUGAGGUCCAAGAUCAACGCAGCCGUAUACCAGGAAGUUUUAGAGCACUUCAUGCUUCCUGCUACUGACCAACUUUAUGGAGAUGCAGAUUUCAUUUUCCAACAGGACUUGGCACCUGCACACAGUACCAAAGCAACCAGUAUCUGGUUUAAGGACCAUGGUAUCCCUGUUCUUAAUUGGCCAGCAAACUCGCCUGACCUUAACCCCAUAGAAAAUCUGUGAAGAGGAAGAUGCAAUAUGCCAGACCCAACAAUGCAGAAGAGCUGAAGGCCACUAUCAGAGCAACCUGGGCUCUCAUAACACCUGAGCAGUGCCACAGACUGAUCGACUCCAUGCCACGCCACAUUGCUGCAGUAAUUCAGGCAAAAGGAGCCCCAACUAAGUAUUGAUUGCUGUACAUGCUCAUACUUUUCAGUUGGCCAAGAUUUCUAAAAAUCCUUUCUUUGUAUUGGUCUUAAGUAAUAUUCUAAUUUUCUGAGAUACUGAAUUUGGGAUUUUCCUUAGUUGUCAGUUAUCAAAAUUAAAAGAAAUAAACAUUUGAAAUAUCAGUCUGUGUGUAAUGAAUGAAUAUAAUAUACAAGUUUCACUUUUUGAAUGGAAUUAGUGAAAUCAACUUUUUGAUGAUAUUCUAAUUAUAUGACCAGCACCUGUAUAGUGCAGUACAAUAUUGCAUAACUAUCUGAUUUAACUGUGUAGAUUUUUUUUUUUUUAUAUUUUUGGAAUAACUGUGCAAAAGGGAAUUAAAAAUGG